AUACAAUAAAACUUCUAUUAAAAUAAAGGAAAGUCGUAGCCGAAGCUCAGAAGUUAAAGCAUUCUUCAUUGGUGGAAAAAUAAGCCAACGACCUUCAUUACGCUCAUUAAAAGGGAAGCUCCUAUAUGUCAUGGUUUUUUGUAACUCUCCUGUUGUUAUGGCAUUCUUUCUUCCUUUUGCCUUGUUUUUCUUUGCCAGAAUCUGUGCCACUCAGCCAGUCUUUGUCAACCAUGUCUGCAUGUAUCAAGUAGGGAACUUCACCAGCAACAGCACCUACAAGACCAACCUCGAUCAUGUACUCUCUUCCAUUGCCACUGCCAAAGAUAGUGGCAAUGGCUUUUACAAUUUUUCCUAUGGUGAAAGCUCAGAACGAACCAAUGCCAUGGCGCUCUGCCGAGGAGAUACGAAGCCUGAUGUUUGUCAAAGCUGCCUCAACGACUCUAUAUAUUUUCUAACACGGCUAUGUCCUAAGCAGAAAGAAGGUAUUGGGUGGUAUGAUAACUGUAUGUUGCGCUAUUCAAGUCGUCGCAUGUUUGGCACAAUGGAAGCUGAACCCAUGUACAUAGUGUUGAUGAACAACGACAGUGUGAUAAAGGAAGAUCUGUUCAAGCACAACCUGAGGACAUUGCUGUAUAGCUUGAAAGAUAAUGCUUCUUCAGGUGAUUCUUUACGGAAGUAUGCAGCUGGAGAUAUAUUUGGAGAAGGGUUGGGGAGGAUAUAUGCACUUAUGCAGUGCACACCUGAUUUGUCUCAAAUUGAAUGUGAUGCUUGCUUAGAUUCAGCUAUCCAAAAAAUUCCAGCAUGUUGUAGCGUAGCUUGGAGACUUUUUUCACCCAGCUGUAAUGUUAGAUAUCAGAUGUCCCCCUUCUUUGAUCCUCUACUGGUUUCACCACCACUGCCGCUAGUUUUUGUUCCAUCCAGCAAUACCACGUCUUCAGAAGACAAGAAGAAGACUGCCGUACACACUACCAUUGUAAUAGCUCUACCGUUCGUGGUUGUUUCGGUUUUCGCCAUCGGCAUCUACAUGUUUUUGAGAUCCAGAAAGUUGAGGGAGAGAGUUGAGACUACUGAUCAUGAUGACAUUAGCCCUGUGAAUUUCUUGCAAUAUGAUUUCAAGACGAUUAGAGAUGCAACAGAUGACUUUGCUAUCUCAAAUAAACUUGGUCAAGGUGGAUUUGGUGCUGUUUAUAAGGGUAAGCUUUUGAAUGGACAAGAAGUGGCUGUGAAAAGGCUAGCUCAAGGUUCGCAACAGGGUGACUUCGAAUUCAAAACUGAAGUCUCACUGGUUGCUAAGCUACAACAUCGGAACCUGGUUCGACUUCUUGGCUUUUGCUUUGAGAGAAAUGAAAGACUCCUCAUCUACGAGCUUUUACUGAACUCAAGCCUAGAUCGUUUCAUAUUUGAUCCAGUUCAACGUCAAUAUUUGGACUGGUCGAGACGUUACAGAAUUAUAGUUGGCAUCAGUCGUGGACUCGUGUAUUUACACGAAGAUUCUCGAUUCAAAGUCAUCCAUCACGAUCUUAAAGCUAGUAAUAUUUUAUUAGAUGCCGACCUAAAUCCAAAAAUCACCGAUUUUGGAAUGGCAAGAUUGUGUUCAACUGAUCAAUCAGAUGGUGAUACAAGUAAAAUCAAGGGAACAUACGGAUAUAUGGCUCCAGAGUACGCGUUGUACGGGCAUUUUUCAGUGAAAUCAGACGUGUUCAGUUUUGGCGUAAUUCUGCUAGAGAUCAUGAGUGGCCAAAAGAACAGUUGCUUCCAAGAUGGAGAAAACACAGAGCACCUUCUAAGCUACACAUGGAAGAACUGGAUGGAAGGGAAUGUCGGGGCCAUCAUAGACCCGAUAUUGGGUAGAACAUGCAUGGAUGAAAUGGUGAGAUGCAUCCAUCUAGGAUUACUGUGUGUUCAAGAAAACAUAGAGAGCAGACCCACCAUGGCUUCAGCUGUUGUCAUGCUCAAUAGCAACUCCUUCACUCUUCCUGUACCUCUGCGGCCCGGAUUUUUGCUGCAGAGUAAUGCCUCAAACUUGCCACAGCAUGUUGAUGAUUACACACAAGAAUCACAGCAUAGUCUGUCUGAGACCCUUUAUAUUGAGGAAGAAUCGGCAAACCAGUUUAUUCUGUAGAAUUGUAAUUUAACCAAA